GUUAAAUUGAGCUUAUCUGAGCUUCAAAUUCUAGGGUUUUGGCUGCUGAAUUUUGAAUUUUAAUCAAUAGAGGACUUUGUGAGGGAAUUAUGGUUGUUUGAGGCUCUGUUUGAACCGUUUUUUACUGGAGACUGUUUAGUGCAAGUACUAGAAGGUAAAGCCGAGCUCUGAUCAGUCUUUUGUGGUGGAUUUUUUUCAAGCACAAAGUCAGUAAAUGGAAUGUAAUAGGGAUGAGGCCCUCAGGGCGAGGGAAAUUGCCGAAAAGAAGUUCACCACUAAAGAUAUUGCGGGUGCCAAGAAGUUUGCUUUAAAAGCCCAAAAUCUCUUUCCAGCUCUCGAGGGUAUUAAUCAGAUGAUAUCGACUCUAGAUGUUUAUCAGGCUGCCGAAUCUAAGAUUAACGGUGAGAGUGAUUUGUAUGCAAUACUUAGUCUUAACUCUUUAGCAGACGAAGAAACUGUGAAGAAACAGUACAGGAAGUUAGCUCUUCAGCUUCACCCAGACAAAAAUAAGUCGAUAGGUGCAGAGGGUGCUUUCCAUCUAGUUUCAGAGGCUUGGAGUGUGCUCUCUGAUAAAAACCGGAAAUUAAUUUAUGACCAGAAAAGAAAUGUGAAAGGAUCACAAACGAAAGUCUCUCAUCCCAAGGGCAAAAAUGGCUUCUACAAUUUCGCGAAUAAUUCAACCUCCAAUAAAAGGUCACAAAAGAGUUCAACUGCUUCGGCUCAGUCCAAUACUUUUUGGACAUCGUGUAACCGAUGCAAGAUGCAAUACGAGUACCUCAGGGUAUAUCUCAAUCACAACCUCCUUUGCCCUAAUUGCCACGAAGCAUUCUUGGCAGUUGAAACUGGGUUCCCAUCUAACGGAGCAGGUUCAAAUUUUUCGUGGACAACUCCUCAACAGAAUCAGAAGAAAUCUAACAGAAAAAAUCCUCACGGGUCCUCGGCAAAUCUUGAUUUGCAUAAUAACCCGAACUUCCAGUGGAGUGCAUUCUCUAGAACGGCUGGGGCUGCGAGUGAAACAGCGCCGUCAUCUGUAGCUGCACAAGCAGCUAGUGUUGUUCACCAAACAUAUGAGAAAGUGAAAAGGGAGCGAGAAGAAGCACAGGCAGCGGCUAGAAGAGAGGAGGUUCUUCGUAGAAAGAAAUUGAGUCCGAAGAGGAGCAUCAGUAGCUCGGGGUAUUAUAAUUUUGGUGCUAGUGAUAAUGUAGCUAAGGUUGAUAGGCCGGCAAAGAGAGGGAGAAGCAUCACUGAAGAGAUUUCUGAGGGCUGGAAAACUGCGAAUUUUGAUGCUGGUAAGAUGAGAAUGUCUUCUAGAGUGAGCAGCUUGAGCAGGGAGAUUGAUAAAAGGAAUUUAUUAAUGCAGAAGGCUAAGGUAGAGAUAAAUAAGAAGUUAGAAGUGUGGAAUUCAGUGGCAGCAGAAAAAUUGGCCGAAAAGUCACAGACAAGGCAAAAACAAAAACAAAAGGGCAGGAGUAAUGUAAAAAUAGUAUCUAAACCUGAUGGGGGCAUUUCAUUUAUGAAGGAGCCCACUGAUAACAGCAAUAUCGAUUCAAGUGAGGUAGCGAAGAAAUCUGUGACAAUUGUUGUUCCUGACCCAGAAUUUCACGAUUUUGACAAGGAUCGCUUAGAAAAAUCUUUUGAAGGAGAGCAGGUAUGGGCUACAUAUGACAAUGAAGACGGCAUGCCACGAUUCUAUGCCCUGAUUCAGAAAGUUCUCUCUCUCAGGCCUUUUAAGCUUCGCAUCAGUUUUUUAAAUUCAAAGAGUAAUAGUGAAUUGGGGCCAAUGAAAUGGGUUGCCUCUGGAUUUGCCAAGACUUGUGGGGAUUUUAGAGUGGGAAGAUAUGAAGUCAGUAAUACAGUAAAUAUCUUUUCUCACAGGGUUAGGUUUGAGAAAGGUCCCCGUGGGAUUGUAAAAAUUUUACCGAGGAAAGGUGAUACUUGGGCUCUUUACAAAAAUUGGUCACCAGAGUGGAACGAGCUGACACCAGACAACGUGAUUUACAAAUAUGACAUAGUUGAAGUUGUUGAUGAUUAUAAUGAGGAGAAAGGGGUGCUUGUUACUCCUCUAGUUAAGGUUGCAGGUUUCAGAGCAGUUUUCCAUAGACACACGGAUCCCACUGAAAUCAAAAGGAUCCCGAGAGAAGAGAUGUUUCGAUUUUCACAUCAGGUGCCUUCGUAUUUGCUUACGGGAGAUGAAGCAAAUAAUGCUCCAAAAGGAUGCUGUGAGCUUGAUCCUGCUGCUAUCCCGUCAGAUUUUCUUCAGGUAAUUGCGGAAUUUGAGGAGGCUCUGGAGACUGCUGAGUGACUUUAGGAAAUUUGGUUGACCUUUUUGUUGUAUUAAUUCACAUCGGGACACAUUUCAACGAUUUAAGGUGUAGAGCAUCUUCACAUAUUCUGCUGAUGACUUGGGCUUCUUUAACCUCAAUUUUCCAUCAAUACGAAGAUAGCAUUUAGCAUUACAUUCGUCCUGGAUGGUACCUGCAGCCUAUACAAUUUGGACCAAGAAGAUACCAAUAUGGUUUAUGUAUUCUUUCCCCUUGUGUUCAUAUUCUGUGCUACAUUAUUCUGUGAGGUAGUUCAAUAUAUUCUCACAUAUGUUCUUUAGCUUCUUGGUUUGUUGUGGGGUUAAAAAAAUGAAAUCAGAAGCACACUGCAAAAUAUGGCCAAGUAGAUUCAUUAUUGUUUCGAUAUUGUAAUGUUCAUAUGGUUUUCCUCAAAACUAUUGAUACCAUUCUGUAACAUUAGUGAAUGACACGAGGGGAGGUUUCUGGAUAA